GUAUUCUUUUGCAACCGAGCUACAAAAGAACGCUCGCUUAAAUUACGAAAUACACGCAAGAAAUAACACAAACUCGGCUAUUUAUCCGAAUUCAGCCAGCAGCCGGAUUCCAGCUUUCGCUAUCGCUAAAACUCCAUCGCCAAAAAAUACUAAAUGGAUUUUAGCAAUUUUGGGAGAUUUUUGCGAUUCGCGCUUAAAAAAGCAUCUCUAAAAAGUUUCAUUUUUGGAUCAUUUUUUUUGGUGGGUUUUAGCGAUGAACAAAAUGAACCCGGAUAAAGUGAGUGAACAGUUUUUGACAGCUCAUCAGCUAAAAUGGCGAUUCCAGCGUCUUUUCCAUUGCUACAAAUCUCCAUUGUUGGCUUAAAAUUCUGCGAAUUUGGCGACUAGAAAAGGUUGGUGCUAAAAAAAUAACGCGACAAAAAAGCAAAAUAUGGAAAACCGCAAUAGCAAAAGAGUGACGAAGGAUAAAAAAUAUAUGCUCGUUCAAUAUUUGGAGGAUCAUAGAGAGUUUGCUCACGACAGAUUCGUCAAUGGCACCGGGAGCAAAAGUUUAGCUGAGCAGUGGAACCACCUCGCCGAAAAAUUAAAUGCUUGCGGAGGAUCCAUAAAAGAUGGUGAAGGAUGGAAGAGAGCGUGGGUAAAUAUGAGGAGCAAGGCCAAACAAAAAUCCCAAGAUUUGAGAAAUGCUAUGGAGCGAAGCGGGGUAAAUUCAUCAAUUACCGAAAAACAUCUCAGUAACCUCGACGAGCGCAUCAUUGGCGUGAUGACCACAGUGGCAGAGGUCGGUCAAAGAGAAGUUAUNUAUUUCUAUCCAUAG